AUAUAUUUUUAAUUGCUUAAACUCUCUUGAUGAAUAUCACAGGACCCCUUCAACAUCCUCUUCAAAGUGUAACCCAUGCAUGAAACCAUUCAAUUCAGUAUCUUCGCCUCUGCAAAAAGAAACUAAUACAACCCAUCACCCAUUCUCUCUCCCUCUCCGUCCAUGAUGUCCCCCAAUAAUCUUCAGGGAAAACAAGCCACCAAAGAAGAUAACCAAACCUCCGGUAACCGGAAAACGGCAGCAACAAGGCCGCAAGAGCAGGCCUCCAAGUGUCCAAGAUGCGACUCUCCCAAUACAAAAUUCUGCUACUACAACAAUUAUAGUCUAACGCAGCCUAGGCAUUUUUGCAAGACUUGCAGAAGGUACUGGACUAAAGGAGGAGCCCUACGCAACGUUCCCAUAGGCGGUGGCUGCAGGAAAAGCAAGAAGGUGAAAUCAUCUUCAAGGCUUUCUGGUGAUUCCAAGGACUCCAGUGUGUCCUCAGAGAUUGGUGGAUUCAAGUUCUUUCAUGGUCUCUCUCCAGCCAUGGAUUUUAAUCUUGGUGGGUUAUCAUUUCCUAGGCUAAACCCUUCACCGAGUGGCCUAUAUAAUCAGUUAUCUUCAUUUGGGGAUAUUUCUGCCACUUCUGCAGCUGCUAUUAGUGUUACCAAUCCUUGUUUCAGCCUUGAUCCAUCCGGAAGCUCGUCUGCUUCAUUGAUGGGAUUCAAUUAUCCAAUUUCUUCACCUGCAACUGGGUUUAGCGGUGCAAUUCAGGAUAUGGGUGGUGGGUCGAUGAAUGUUCACACUAACCUUGCAUCUUCAAUCGAGUCUUUGAGUUCUAUAAACCAAGAUUUGCACUGGAAGUUGCAGCAGCAGAGAUUAGCUGUGCUUUUUGGGGGAGAAGAUCAGAAAGAUAGCAGUGUUUCUUCAGUUCCCAUCCAAAGCCAGGCACAGAAGCCUCAGCCCAUUUUGUUUCAAAAUCUUGAAAUUUCAAAACCAGAAGUUAAUGGUAUUGGCAAUUCAAGAAGAGAAGAUGGAAAUGGUGGUGACAUAGCAACCGAGUGGUUCUUUGGAAAUUCUUUUGGACAAGUGACUCCAACACCAGCGACCAGUAACAGCAAUGGCAACAAUAACGCAGCAGCUGGCAACUGGAACGGGGUUCAAUCAUGGGGUGAUUUGCAUCAAUGUAAUGGUUUUCCCUAGACCAUAAUCAUCAUCAUGAGGUAGACCCUUUAAUGAAAAUGGAAAAAAAAAAUUACAGAGAAAAUGAGAAUAUUAUCUAAACCCAUUUUAGGUAUAUGUUUGUUCUUCUUAAUUGCUUUUGCUGGAUGCAGAUCAACAUGUAAAAGUUCGGAAAAAGAAAGUAACUUUUUUCUUUUUGUAUUUUCUAGUAAGAUGUUGAAGAAUUAACUAGCUUUAGUUCUUGUUGUUUCCCUUGUUGAUGAAGAUGAUGAUCCUUUAUUAUUUUACAUAUUAGAUUUGCAUAUUAUGAUAAAGAUGCAGGAUUGAUAUAAAAGGCUAGCAAGCUAGUUCCAGAUGACAAUGAAAAGAAGUGAUCUAUCUAUACAUAUAUCUCUCUGUGAAUGAAAUUGUGAAUUCAUGAUUUGGAUGAAACGGGAGACAGAGAUGGCUUUUGUUCUUAAUUAUUUAUUUUUUGCUACUUUUUUUCUUCAAGAGUUUGAUUCUAUCAAUCUUCUCAAUGACUUUGGGAUCUGUGAUGAAUUUUGGACUGUUAGUAAAUGGCACUUCAUUUGUUUUACGUUAAGUCAUUGUCAAGAACUCUCACUGUCACAGUGCUUCUGCUUCUGUAUCUCUAAUCUAUAUUAUCUCAGGGAGAUGAGAGGCUCAGGCUCAGGCUCAGCUACUGAACAAACAAUGUCAAUCUGUGAAACGCCAUAUAGAUAUUAUCAGUAGCUGGGUAACGUCUUCACUGCUCUGCUUAGCCCCUCCCUAUAGGGCCUGCAAUGUUAAGCCCGAGUCUUCUGUCUCUCUCUCACUCUCUCUCUAUGAGUGCUUAGGCUCUUGGUAAUAAUUAGUUGCAGUAUGGUGUGAUUUGGUGGUGUCUGAAAAAGUGGUGGUUUGAAAGAUUAUUGAAUGAAAGACUGUCGAUAUUUGAAUGUAUUAGAUCGAGAGAGAGAGAGACAAAAGAUGGCAUCUAAAGCUUAGGGUUGGUUCUUUUAUGUAGCAAAAAAUUGUUUUGUUUUUGCUUUUUAGGGUCUUGGGUAGUGAGCCCUUUCUCCCUUCUAAUUGCUACCACUGAGCAUCCCAUUGCCAUUCUGCUUGUGAUUGUUGAGAGAGAGAGGGAAGAGAAAUUAAGCCUUUUCUUUCUUUCUUUCCUUCUUUCUUUUUCACGUUCUCUCUUUCUUUCUUGAUUGCUUCUGCACAGAUAUGGUAGGUUUGAAAUCCAAUGUGUUCAUAACAACGCACAAUAUUAAAAACACAUGCAGACACUUACCAUUAUAAUAACAAAGAAAAAGAUACAAAAAAUUUAUGAUAAUUUAUCUAUAAGCUC